AUGGUAGUGGGAAAAUUGUCAUUUUUAUCAUCACAACAGAAUCGAGAAGUAACUGAGCUGGGCUUGCGUUUAAAAGAUGCCAGUGACAAUGUUGUAACAAAUCAAUUCGGUUUGCAAGUUUCAUCGAAGCGGCCAAUAAUAAAAAGGGUCCUUGAAGUUAUGGCCUCUGGGAUUGACGUGUCACCGCUAUUCGGCGACGUUGUUAAGGCGGAACGUAAUGCUGACCUUGUGAUACUAGCAGUCAACACCUUUCAAAAAGACCUUCAAGACGAAAAUCCUUUGGUUCGAGGUUUGGCCUUGCGUACAUUAUGUUCUAUGAGGAUUUCUGAUUAUGUAUCGUAUAUGCUGGAGUCAUUGAUCCACGCAUUAGGAGACUCUAGUUCCUAUGUACGUAAGACAGCCUUGACAUCAGCCAUCAAAGUGUUUUACCUUUCUCCCAAACACGUGUUAGAAACAUCCUUGAUCGAUCAAAUGUAUAAUAUUUUACGUGAUCGAGACCCUGAAGUUGUAACGAACGGAAUUGUUGCUCUUAACGAAAUAUUAAGUUCUCAAGGCGGGAUGACUAUUAAUAAAAAGAUUGCACACUAUUUAUUUCAAAGAUUUCGAGAGUUUAAUGAAUGGCAUCAGUGUUUGGUCAUGAAUAUUCUUUGUAGAUAUAAACCCGAGUCUGAGGAGGAAAUCUUCGAAAUAAUGAAUCUUUUGGAUGACGGUCUUAGGCAUCACAAUAGUGGAGUGCAGUUAGCAACCAUGAAACUGUUCAUACAAUUAACCCUUGAUAUACCAGAAGUUCACGAGGACCUUUACAAAAGAAUUAAAGAACCACUAUUAACGUUGCUAUCUUUAAGCAUUCCCGAAAUCAUGUAUUCAUGUUUGGAACAUCUAUAUUUAUUGGUAUUGGUAUAUCCAUCACGCAAGUUGUUAGAGAGGGACUAUAAGCAAUUUUACCGAAGGAUAAACGAACCAUCGUAUGUGACAAUAAAGAAACUGGACUUACUCCAGGAAAUCGCUACGGAAGUAAAUUCUAAAGAAAUAAUUGAUGAAAUAAGUGGAUAUAUUACAAGCGAUAAUGGACAAAUUACCAACAAGUCAAUUCAGACUAUAGCCAAGAUUUCUCUGAAAAUUGAAAAUGUAUUGACAUAUUCACUUGAGAUCUUCACGAAAUUUUUAGAUGCUAGAAUUGAAAAUAUCAUAUCUAAUAUUAUAAUGGUUCUUGAAGGUUUAUUAUUAAUCAAAAGGCCCAAAGAAUUUGAUGACUUAUCACUUAUGCUUCCAUCAAUAUGGAUGUCAAUAGAUUUGAACUCAUUAGCAGGACCAGCAUUUUUAAACUUACUGACAACAAUUGGAAGUUCCUUACCGGAAUCUCCCUACAUUCUAGAAUCAUUAGUUAGAGAUAUUGAUCAUUAUUCAAGUAUAUCAUUUCAUGUGCAAUUACUUAAUUCAGCUGUAACAUUAUUUUUAAAAAGGCCAGCAGAAUGUCAAGAAAUGUUAGCCAGAUUGUUCAAAACUAUUAUGGAAUGUACAGAUCAAUCAGAAGUUUGUGAGAGAGCAGAAUUUCUUUUUCAAUUGUUGAAAUGUGAUAUCUCAGUGCUCAGACCUUUGCAUGAAUUUAAUACACUUUCAGUAAUAUGGAGAAAAUCACUCAAUAAAUCCAUUAUUGAUAGUGUUGAAUCUAUAGUUCAAAAGAAAAUUCCUUCAUACAAUAUUUUGAAUUUUGAUAAAAGAUUAAAUUCAUCUAGUAAAAAUCUUGUAGAUAUUUUGGAAGUUAAUGAUUUUAUAUUUUCUAAAACAAUAUCUAUGGAUGCUAAUACAUUUAGAUCCUUAAAUUUGGAUGAUAUUGAAUACAUGUUUGAAAAAAAUAAUAUUUUAACCAUGGCAUCAGGAGAUUCUAAUUAUGUUUUAAAGUUUUUCUUGUAUGCUCAAGAGGAAAAAUCCCAAACAAUCUUUUUAUGUGAAUUAAAAAUUAAUAUUCAAUUGGCAUAUAUAGAUAUUUGUAUUAAAUCAG